UCUUUCUUACCAAUAUGAAACCCAUCAUCCAUCAUCGAUCCGAUUCCUUCGACCUAACCCUAACCCAGCAACGCAGUAAUAACCCAAAUGGGGUUUCGCCCAAAAGCAAAAACUAAAAAGCCAAAAAAAGAAAGAAAAAAAAAAAACAGCACCACCAUCUCCAAUAUUAACCCAACACAAAAGCCCCCCAAACUCGUUUCUCUUCCCCUCUUUUUCCCUUUCUUAAGAACUCUUUAUUACCUUAUUCCCUCCAAACCCUGAACUACCUCUCCCUUACUCCCAUAAAGGUAGCUUAGCUUCAGAUGCCAAUCAUCAAAUUAACCAAACCCCUCCACUCAUAGAGAUCAUCAUCACCAAAUGGUGCUUUGUUCAGCUCAAAUUUUGGUGGGGUUUUGCAAAAAACCUUAAUUCCCUUUUCUCUUUUUCCUUUUAUGUUGAAGAUAACUACUAAGUAGCAUGCUCCCAACACCUCAAAGUAACCAAACCAAAAUCAUCACCACCAUCUAGAUCCCAUAUUCCCAUCUAUUACCCUUUCAAUUUGCUUGGACUUUUGUAGGUGUUCAUUGUUCAAGGCCUCCAAAUCUAGGGUUGUGAUAAAUGGAUCCUGUAGCAGCACAAGGACGUCCUCUCCCUCCACCUUUUCUCACUAGAGAUCUUCACUUACACCCUCACCACCAAUUCCAGCCCCACCACAACCACCAAAACACCGAGGAUGAAGCCGGCAAUGGCCGCGGCCAGAAGCGAGAUCGCGACGAGAACGCCGGCGGCGGAGGCGGGGCCACCACGCCCCCCCAGGGCGGCGGGGAAGGCAAGGAAUCCGGGUCAGGAGAUGGAGGAGGGAGUGACAUGGGGAGAAGACCAAGAGGAAGACCCGCAGGGUCCAAAAACAAGCCCAAACCACCCAUUAUCAUCACAAGAGACAGUGCCAACGCUCUCCGAUCCCAUGUCAUGGAAAUCGCCAACGGCUGCGACAUCAUGGAGAGCAUCACCGCCUUUGCAAGGCGGCGACAGCGCGGUGUCUGCGUGCUCAGCGGCAGCGGCACUGUCACCAACGUCACGCUCCGGCAGCCGGCCUCGCCGGGAGCAGUUGUGACCCUUCAUGGAAGAUUUGAGAUUUUGUCCCUGUCCGGUUCUUUUCUGCCGCCGCCGGCCCCACCUGCGGCGUCAGGACUAGCCAUAUAUCUGGCUGGCGGACAGGGACAGGUAGUAGGUGGAAGUGUGGUGGGACCCCUUGUGGCCUCAGGUCCCGUUGUCAUCAUGGCUGCUUCAUUUGGUAAUGCUGCUUAUGAGAGACUGCCCUUAGAGGAAGAGGAAACUCCGGUGGCAGUUGCUGGCAACGGAGGAUUAGGAUCCCCAGGAAUCCCAGGAACCCAGCAACAACCGCAACAGCAACAGCAACAACAACUUGUGGGAGAUCCUAAUAGUUCUUCUCUUUUCCAUGGAAUGCCUCAGAAUCUUCUCAAUUCAGUUCAAUUACCGGCUGAGGGUUAUUGGGGUGGAAGUGCUCGCCCUCCCUUUUAACAAAGUGUUUUACUUUCAUGGUUUUUUCCGUUAUCUUUGUUUUCUUCUUUUUCUUAUUUUAUUUUUGUUUAUGUCUCUUUUUUUUUUUUUAAUUUCGACUUUCUCUUUAUGAUCAUCACUGUUCAUUCUCCUUCUUGCUUAAUUAUAACUUAAUUUACUCUUAAUUUGAAGGCUUUGAUCAGUCUUGAGUUGAAGAAGGGUGUAUAAAUUCAUGAAUUUUCGGUGGGGUUUGAUGAUUA